ACCUGCCAACUCAGGUAACUCUUACGCGUCUUCACGCCGCGUCUCCCUCUGACCCUGUCACCCAUCCCACGCGCGCACGCGCCUGUGUGACCGACGGCUCCACGGUGGUCACCAUGAGGCUUUCGUCGAGCCUCCACCUGGGGCCUCUUCUCCUCCUCCUCCACCUCGUCGUCGUCCUCCUCCUCGUACUCGUCCCACCGGGAUCCGAUGCCACUCACCUGCGCGGUGGAACCAUCUCGUGGAAGCAGUCGGAGGGUGACCAGUAUCACUUCUACUACAUGCUCGCGUGGCGACGAAACUCUGGCGAAGGCGGGACGUGCGUGGACGCCGACAUCGCCUCUGGCAAGUCGUUCACCUCGUACCAGAGGUGGCGCUGCACCGAGAGCUGCUCGUCCACCUACUCGCUGUCCUACUCCUGCAUCGAGCAGAACCAGAACUCCAACUGGAUGAUCGGCUCGUCGGCGUUCGACUUCAACGUCCCGCCCACGGCGCCCAGUGUCAUCGCUUUCCGCGACUGCUGCUGGGUGAACGUCCUGGUGUGGAGGGUGAACAACCAGAUUGAGGCGUCCGAGUGGGACUGGUCACUCAUCACUGUGCUCAACCCGGGCGUACGCAGCGACACGGGGGCUCCCAACGUCUCGCCCGUCACCGCCUCCAAGCCGCUCAUUAGGCUGAAGGCCGGCUGCACCACGGUGUGGCAGAUCCCGGUGUACGAUGCCGACGGGGACACGGUGCGGUGCCGCUACGCCGAGAAGGGAACGCGCGACGAGUGCGGAGGCAUCUGCGGGGUCGCCCCCUACGGAGUCCUCGACGAGGCCGCCUGCCUCAUCACCUUCACGGUGCCCCCGGACGCUGACGGACUCUGGGCCCUGGCCCUGAUGAUCGAGGACUCCGUCAACUCGUCGCUGACCAUCGGCUCGGCGAGCUUCGCUCCGGGCGACGCUCUGUCCAGCAUCCCUCUGCAGGUCCUCCUCGAGUUCGAAGCUGCCGUCUCGUGCCUGAUGCCGACCUUUGUGGGCGUCACGCCCACCAACGGGCAGUCCUACGUGGUGACGCAGGGAAUCCUCUUCGAGCUGCCCAUCGACAUCUCCGUGGCGACCGAUUCGGCAGCGACCGUGACGAUCCCUCGCCUGGGCACAUUCGCUCCGUUCGGCUUCAACAAGGACCCCAUCACGGUGGACGCCACGAACCCGCAGCUGUUCCACACGCGCCUCACGUGGAUGCCCACCAACAAGGACGUGCGCACCCACCAGGUCUGCUUCUACGCCUCCGAGAGCACCACGCAGGAGACGGAGCUGCGUUGCGUGACCGUCAGAGUCUCACCCACCGUGGAGCCAACUGCUUACGCCCACAGCACCCCGCUCACUUUCAACAACGUGGCCAUCGGAUGGACCGUCACCUUCUCAGGAGAGGUCGCCCUUCCAUCGGCGAGCGGCGCCUUCUUCCGCUUCUUCGAGGUGCGGGGCGACCACGAGGUCUUCAAGGUGGACGGGACGAGCGCCACGCUGCUGUCGGGCAACACCCAGGCGCAGUUCACGACCCCGGCGUCGGUCUUCAACGGAGGCGUGGAGCACUACAUCACGGUGGACGAGGGCGCCAUGAGGGGCGUCGUCGGCGGCGUGGCCGUCACCAACACGAACGCGCGCGUCAAGAAGGACUGGCGCUUCCGGCUGCAGAAGAAGGUCUACGCGUGGUGCCACGGUGUGGGCGACCCUCACUACCGCUCCUUCGACGGCAACCACUUCAACUUCAUGGGCACGCGCACCUUCGUCCUCGCCUCCAACUGCAUCUUUAACCUGCCGACGCCGUGGCGCGUCCUCGCCAAGAACGAGCACAGGCGGCGCGCCGACGUGUCGUGGACGCGCGAGGUGCACACCGAGAUCUACAACCACACCAUCUCCUUCAUCCGCGACCGCAAAGUCCUGCUCGAUGGCCUCGUCGUCAACGUGCCCUACUACGACCCGGCGGAGAGGUUCCGGAUCACGCUGUCCAAGAACGACUUCCUUCUCUGGACCAACGCCUUCCUCAGCGUCUCCUACAAUGGAAUCAGCCGCGUGGAGGUCCACCUCCUCAACUAUGACGUCUACUACAACUCCGUGUGCGGCCUGUGUGGGACGUGGAACAACGACCCCAACGACGACUUCCUGACGCCCAACCUCACCCUGGCGGCCACCGCGGCCGAGUUCGGCAACAGCUGGGAGCUGCCCGAAAAGAAGAUCACGGAAAGCGGGAGCAGCGACACGGGCGCCUCCGUCGGCGUCGUCCUCGACCCCCAGCGGCAGAUCAAGGCAGGCUUCAAUGACAACUGCGGCCUCCUCAAGGACCCGGCGAGCCCCCUGGCCCCGUGCUUCGGCACCGUUGACCCGGCGCCGCACUACACCGACUGCGUCUACGACCUCGUGCUCGCCAAGCUGGACGUGGCCGUGCUCUGCCAGGCGGUGCAGACUUACGUGAAGCUCUGCUACGACCAGGGUGUCACCUUCGCGCCCGACUGGAGGAACACCACCAAGUGCCACGUGGACUGCGGAGCGAGCGCGGCCUUCAAGGACUGCGGCAACGCGUGCCCGGCCACGUGCUACGACCCCAGCGCCCCAGCGGACUGCGCCGACCCGUGCGGCGAGACCUGCGAGUGCCUUGACCCGACCCACGUGUGGAACGGGGAUGAGUGCGUCGCCCCGGCGCUGUGCGGCUGCAAGGACAACGACGGCAAGUACUACAAGGUGGCCGAUGUGUUCUGGAAGAACGGCUGCUCUCUUCAAUGCACGUGCGUGUCCUCGGGCAACAUCCAGUGCCAGAAGAACCCUUGUGACCUGACCCUGAACUACUGCGGCGCCGGGCCCCAGGGAGACUACGGCUGCCAGCCCAAGAUCUUGGAGUGCACCGCGUGGGGCGACCCCCACUACACGACGUUCGACGAACGCAAGUUCGAUUUCCAGGGCACGUACACGUACGUGCUCACGCAGCCGUGCUCGGGCGCCGACUGGAGCGUGAAGGUGAAGAACGAGCACCGUGCGGGCAGCUGGGUCGUGGCGUACACGCGCGAGGUCACCGUCGAGCUGUACGGCCAGCGGGUGCUGCUCGCUGUUGGCUCCCACGUCUACCUGAACGACGUCCAUCUUCGCCUGCCGUUCUACUACGGCGGCGGCGGCGUCGCCGGUGGCGCAGGAGGUUUCUCGGUGACGCGCGACGGGGGCUUCAUGCGCGUGGCGUCCGACUUCGGCCUCGAGGUCCUCUACGAGGGGAACUACCACGCCAGGGUCAAGCUGCCCACCACCUUCGCGUCGUCGCUCUGCGGCCUUUGUGGCAACAUGAACGGCGCCAGCGCUGACGACUUCACGCGCCGGGACGGCUCGCAGGCAUCCGGCGCCACCGACUUUGGCAACAGCUGGAAGGUGGAGGAGCCGGGCAUCGUGGACACGGGCUUCGACGACAUCGGCCACCCCGUGGUCAUUGACCCAGUGGGCUCCGGCGUGGCGGCCCAGCCGACCUGGUGCGGCAUCCUCAAGGACCCGCUGGGCGCCUUCGCCAGCUGCCAGGCGUCCGUCGACCCCGAGCCGUUCUUCGCCAACUGCGUCUUCGACCUGGUGCUGCUGCAGUUCGACCCGGUCGUCCACUGCAAGGCGCUGGAGGCGUACUUUGCCGCCUGCGUCAAGGCCGGAGUGGCCACCCAGGAGUGGAGGAGCUCCACCGUCUGCCCAGCCCCGCAGUGCCCCGCCAACAGCCACUACUCGUAUUGCGCUCCGCCGUGCCCCGUGUCGUGCGUGGACGGCGCCGUCGAGGGCCAGUGCCAGGGAGACUGCGUCGAGGGCUGCGUCUGCGACAUCGGCUACGUCCUGGAGGACGAUGCCUGCGUGCUGGCCGACCAGUGCGGCUGCCUCUACAAGAACAAGUACUACAAGGUUGGCGACACGUUCAUCUCAGACGACUGCACGAGCUCGUGCCUGUGCGACGCGGGGGGCAUCGACUGCCAGGCGUUCACGUGCCCGGAGUUCCACACCUGCGCCGUGCUGGAGGGGGGCAAGGCCGGCUGCCAAGCCAACGCGAAGCACUGCCACGCGUCGGGCGACCCGCACUACACCACCUUCGAUGGCAAGUACUUCGACUUCAUGGGCACGUGCACCUACAUGCUGGCAGCGCCGAGCCCCAGCUACAAGGGCUCGCACCCGGCGGCGUGGCACGUCCUUGUGCAGAACGAGCACCGGUACGGCUCCACGGCCGUGGCGUACACGCGCACCGUCGAGGUGCGGCUCGACCGCGACGUCAACGUCAAGCUGCAGUUCGGUGGCGCCGUCCUGGUGAACGACGAGAGUGUGAGCCUCCCCGUGGGCCUGCCCAACGGCACGGUGGUGAGGGCCGGAAAGUUUGCGGUGCUCUCCUUCCCGGCGGCGGGGCUCACCGUCAAGUACGACGGCUACAGCUACGUGGACCUGCGCCUCCAGGCGUACUACGCGCGCAACCUCAGCGGCCUCUGCGGCGACUUCAAUGGCGACCCGGGCGACGACUUCGUGGGGCCCGAUGGGGAGCUGCACGCCACCGCCUACACCUUCGGCAGCUCCUGGCAGUUCCCGGUUGCCAGCAACAACUCGGCCUGCGGGUUCGACUACGGCCGAAUGGUGAAGCCAAACAAUGCCGACUUGGACAGUGCCGCCGGGCCGUGCAGUCCCCUCAAGAGCGCGACGUCACCGUUCGCCGCGUGCUUCAACGCUGUGCCGCCCGAGCCCUUCCACAGCAACUGCGUGUUCGACCUGGCGCUCACAGCGCUCAGCGAUGAGCUGCGCUGCUCCCACCUGCAGGGGUACUUCGACACAUGCCUGGGCAGCGGCGUGAGCCUCGGCGAGUGGAGGGCGUCCUUGAAUUGCCCGCUGAGCUGCCCGGCGAACAGCGCGUACAAGGCGUGCGCAUCGCCGUGCCUGAGCGCGUGCGGCUUCCCCAGCGCCGCGUGCCCAAAACGGCAGGCAUGUGUCGAGGCGUGUGAGUGCAGCCCGGGCUUCUUCCUGCACGACGAAGCCUGCGUGGACGCGGCCAGCUGCGGCUGCACCAUGGACGGCAUCUACCAUCCCGUGGGCGACGAGUGGUGGUCAUGGGACUGCUCGUACCACUACACCUGCUACUCGCAGUACAACAUCUCGAAAGACCCCAGCGGGUGCAUGGGCAACGAAGUCUGCUUCCUGAAGAACGGAAUGCUGGGAUGUCACCCUGCUGAGGUGCGGCUGUCGUGCCAGGAUGAGCGGAUGUCAGCCUACAUCCCCAAGGUGCUGGUGGCGGGCCACAACGCGAGCGACUUCUCGCUCAAUGACGGCUCGCCCCCGGGCUGCUCGCCACUCGACAAUGGCCAGUUCAUCGUCUUUGACAUCGGCAUCGUGGACUGCGGCGCCGUGUGCCAGGAGACGGACUCGCAGAUGAUCUUCUCCCAGACGCUCACCCUCAAGUCGGCCAACAGGAGCCUGCCCAUCAUCCGCAACUUCAACGACAUCCAGGUCCCGCUCACGUGUAAGUACGACAAGCGCCGCAGCCUGGCGGUGAACUUCGUGCCGGACACGGGCAGCAUCUUCGUGACGGAAACGGGCUUCGGCGACUUCGUCUUCAACAUCGAGCUGUACCACUCGGAGCGCUUCGCGCUGCCGUACAAGAAGAGCGACUACCCCGUGCACUUCAAGGAGAACCAGAACGUCUUUGUGCAGCUCGCCGUCAAGUCCAACCUGAGCGUCACGCUCUUCACCGAGAACUGCUUCGCAACCCCCAGCGGGGACCCCCAGGACCCCAUCCGAUACGACCUCGUCAAGAAUGGCUGUGUGCUGGACUCGACAUGGAAGAGCUACAGCAGCUUCCUGAAGAAGAACCAGUUCAGCUUCACCGCUUUCGCCUUCGUCGGGGAGUUCAAGCAGGUCUUCCUGCACUGUGACGUGCUGGUGUGCAAGGCGGGCCAGGCGGGCACGCGCUGCCAGCAGGGCUGCGUCAACAGCGCCCGUCGCAGGAGGAGCGCCGGCGCCAUGGGCGAGAUCGUCGAGUCGGCGGUGCACACCGUGUCCCGCGGGCCGCUCGUAAUCGGGGAACCGAACCGCUCCUCCGUGGCCGUGUCGCAGUUCGUGACUCCAAUCGCCGUCAUCGCCGCCGCCUUCAUCGUGGCGGUCGCCCUCGUCUACCGCAAGAAGCGAUCCUUGCGCAGAGGAUACCGGCCACUGUCUCCCCACUCGUCCAGAUAGACCACCAACAACAUCAUCAACAUCACCAUCAACAUCAUCACCAUCAAAAUCCCCGUCACCGUUGCGCAGAGGAUACCGGCCCCUGUCUCCCCAUUCGUCCAGGUAGACCACCAUUAACAUCAACAUCAUCAACAUCAUCAUCAUCACCAUCAUCAACAUCAUCACCAUCAUCAUCAACAUCAUCACCAUCAACAUCAUCACCAUCAACAUCACCAUCGUCAACAUCAUCACCAUCAACAUCAUCACCAUCAACAUCAUCACCAUCAACAUCAUCACUAUCAACACCACCAUCAACAUCAACACCAUCACCGACAUCAACACGAUCAUUGCACAGAAGACACAACAGGUCUUCUGCAGACCCCUAUGGAUGAACGCAAUCAACAUCAUCAUUAAGACAUCACCACCACCACCAUCAUCACCCCGCACCUCCGAUUAGCACAGUUGGCUAUGCACUGUGCAAAAGAAGCCCAACAUACAUACAUCAUCAUCGAGCACAGUUAGUAUGUGAGCAAUGUUAGUCUAAGGGCAAUGAUAGUCUAUGAGCAGUGUUAGUCUAUGAGAAAUGUCAUUAUAUGGGCAAUGAUAGUCUAUGGGCAAUGGUAGUCUAUAUGCAAUGUCAGUGUAUGGGGAAUGUUAGUCUAUGCACAAUGAUAGUCUAUGGGCAAUGGCAGUCUAUGGGCAAUGCUAGUCUAUGGGCAAUGUUAGUAUAUGAGCAAUAUUGAGUCUAUGGGUAGUAAUAGUAUAUGGGUAGUGUUAGUCUAUGGGCAGAGUUGAGUCUAGGGGUAGUGUUGAGUCUAUGGGCAGUGUUAGUCUAUGGGUAGUGUUGAGUCUAUGGGUAGUGUUGAGUCUGUGGGUAGUGUUGAGUCUGUGGGUAUUAUUGAGUCUAUGGGCAGUGUUAGUCUAUGGGUAGUGUUGAGUCUAUGGGUAGUGUUGAGUCUGUGGGAUAGUGUUGAGUCUAUGGGUAGUAUUGAGUCCACGGGCAGUGUUGAGUCUAUCGGUAGUGUUGAGUCUAUGGGUAGUAUUAGUCCAUGGGCAGUGUGUAUGUACGUUUAACUUCUUUCGCACUGUACGUAGCCAACCGCGCCAAUCGGAGGAAUUGCGAUUGCAGGAUGCACAAAGUUAACACACCAAAAAAAAUCAGUGAGUUUGUUACGAUGAUGCUGAUCUAAAAGUGCAUCACGGCUCCCACUGGCUUCCUAACAUCGGAAGGGAAGAGAGCGUUCCAGACGGGCCGCAGCAACAGCAGAACCUGAAAGCGCCGCGUGACGACGAUGCAAUUUUGGUGGUGGCGACGGUGGUGGUGGUGGUGAUGGUGGCACAGUAGGGGGGUACAGCCGGUGGUUGCAUCUGCCGGUCAUCUCAGUCAGCCACAACCCAUGGCACCUGCUGGGUCUGUCCCGUGACCUCCUGUCAGCGGCGAACAUUCAACACUUCACGUGACGGCCUCAAAGUGCUACCUGGCCUGGCCGGUGAUGAUAGUGACGGUGGUGGCGGUGUUGGUGGUGGUGGCUACGUGGGUGCUGAUGUUGCCGAAUGAGUACCGCGUUUAUUAAAACACCGAUUCCGAUCGUCAUUUUCUGUCAAAAUCGAUCGUUCUGCUGCUGUUGCUGAUCAUGAUGAUGCUACUGAUGCUGAUCAAAGUGCUGCUGCUACUGAUGCUGCUGCUGUUUAACGCUGAUGCCGAUGACUCCCAGAGUUGUUUAAUAAAGAGUCAUUUAAUUCA